AUGCAGCACCUCGACAACCGCCAGCAGUCGUUCAACGCCGUGGCCAGGCCGAAGAGUAGGGCGAAACCCCCCUUCCCCCUCAGCCCCGCCCGCUACCCCCGCCUCACCCCAGACUCCCUCGCACAGGCAGGCUUCUACCACACCCCGGGCCCAGCAGAGGGCUCCCUCGACAACUGCAAAUGCUUCCUGUGCAGUCUCGAGCUGGGAGGAUGGGACGAGGAGGAUGACCCGUUUGAGGAGCAUGCAAAGAGGUCGAACUGCGCGUGGGCAGAGAUGGUGUGUGCUGUCAAGGUCGAGAAGAGGAAGAGAGAUAGAGACGUCAAGUACGAGACGAUGUACGAGACAGAGCAGGCCUUGCCCCAAUCUGCCGAAUCAAUACAAGUCCGGAUCCAGACGUUCAAGAAAUGGUGGCCGUACAAACAAAAGGCGGGCUGGCUGCCCACUGUCAAAGCCCUCGCCCGUGCAGGGUUCGUGUACAACCCGUCGACUGAAUCGACGGAUGCUGUCUUCUGUCCCUAUUGCGAGUAUGGUGUUGAAGGAUGGGAAGCUACUGAUGAUCCUUGGGAAAUUCAUCAGUCAAAGGUUCCGGACUGUCACUUUUUCCGCGCCGCUCUGUCUGGCCAGGCUGAGGAGCCAGUGAGCAAAAGCUCCCGUAGCAAGAAGUCCCUCGCCCCUUCGAAACGUAGCAAGCGCGCCACCACAGCCGCUACUGCCCCUUCCGAAGCCGAAGAGACCGACCUCGAGCAUACCCAAGUCGAUGACGAAACGGCGUCUCAGGCGACCACCGCCAGCAAGAGAGCUGCGAAACCGCGGGCGACGGCUGCCAGCAGAUCAAAAGGGACGAGAGGACAGAAAAAGGCUGCUACCGUGGAGCCCGAGGCUGAUCGCGAGCCGCAAACACAAUCAGAAUCUGAAGGCGAGCGGGAGCAGCCAGAGCCAGAGCCACAGAGUGACGUUGAGAUGGAGAGCCAGGCUGAAGACCAAGAGGCGACGCCAGUGAAGAAGCCGAAAGGCCGACCAAAGGGUACCAAGGCUACGGACAAGAAGCCCAAAGCGAGCAAGGCAAAGGGCCGCAGCACCAAGGCUGUAGAGGAAGAUGCUCCUAUGGAGUCGGAAGCAGAGUCUCAAGCUCAACAGACUGAGCCUGAAGAAGAGCCCGAGACUCAAACGACUCCCAAGGCUGCACAGCCGUCUUCACAGUCUCUUCGCUCAAAGACUUCCUCACGCUCCGCCAAGCCACCUUCACAGCCUGCCAAACCCUCUUCCCAACCGCUCGAACCUUCCUCACAGCCCGCCAAACCCUCCUCCCAACGCUCCAAACCACCAUCCCAGCCAUCACAACCCUCCCGCUCCAAGCCCCUCCCCAAUCUCUCCCCAUCAUCUUUCCCUGCGUCCGCCAGGUCGCCAACCGCCUCUCCACUUCCCCUCUCGCAGCUCCACCGCUUUGCCAACAUCCCACCCUCUUCCCCUGUCGUUACCCCGAGAAAUAUAGCCACCCUGCGAACAGGCCAGCCCUCCUCGAGGAUUUCGCCGCAUGUGCCUCUGAAUAGGUCAGACCAGGACGCUAGUAUUGAGCGGGGUGCUCAAUCGGCGCAUCAGGUGAUGGACGAUCUACUCCACUCGCCCGCGCUCGCUUCUCCUGCCAAGCGCACCGCCCAGGCAUCUAGCUCACCCCUCGUUGCCGCAGAACCGCAAGAGCCGGGGCAGCUACCAGAUGAGAUCAUGAACAUGACGCUGGAGGAUCUGGUUAGGGCAGAGAUGAAGAAGGCCUACGAAAAGCUGAGGAAUGAAGGAGAGGCAAAGAUCGAACAGUGGGCAAAGAGAGCUGCAGGCGAGAGGGAAAAGAUUGAGGCAUUGUAG